CGCGCGCUCCCUCCCUCCCUCUGUCCCCGCGGUCUGAGCGCGGCUGCUGCUCCGCGGGGAAGAUGGCGGCGCUUGUUUCCCUCACUCAGCUCUCCAGUGGAAAUCCCGUGUAUGAGACUUAUUACCGUCAGGUGGAUCCAGCUCAUACAGGAAAGGUUGGGCCAAAUGAAGCAGCAUUGUUCCUGAAGAAGUCUGGUCUCUCUGACGUUACCUUAGGAAAGAUUUGGGAUUUGGCAGACCCUGAAGGCAAGGGCUACCUAGAUAAACAGGGCUUUUAUGUGGCUUUACGCCUGGUAGCGUGUGCACAGAAUGGCCAUGAUGUUAGCCUGAGCAGUCUAAAUGUGACAUUGCCACCACCCAAAUUUCAUGACAGCAGUAGUCCCUCACUGAUAGCACCUCCUCCCUCCUCAGACACGCAGUGGGCUGUAAGGCCUGAAGAGAGAGCCAAAUUUGAUGGAAUUUUUGAAAGUUUGACUCCAGUAAAUGGUCUCCUCUCGGGUGAUAAGGUCAAACCUGUGUUGAUAAAUUCAAACCUACCGCUGGAUGUCUUGGGAAGGGUUUGGGAUCUGAGUGAUGUUGAUAAGGAUGGCCACCUGGAUAGAGAUGAGUUUGCUGUGUUAAACCAACAAUGCUACCCCACCACCCUUUUCUUCUCGUCUGCCCUCUCAGCGAUGCAUCUCGUUUAUAGAGCUUUGGAAAAAGAGCCAGUUCCGUCUGUUUUGCCAAUUUCACUUCUGCCACCGUCCAAGAGAAAGAAACAAGGACCAACACUUGCUGGCUCUGUACCAGUGCUACCUGCCAGCCCUCCACCGAAAGAUAGCCUGCGAUCGACUCCUUCACAUGGCAGUAUUAACAGCCUAAAUAGUGCUGGCAGCAUCUCUCCAAAACAUAUUAAACAGCCAGUUAACUGGGUUGUGCCAUCAAAUGACAAAAUGCGGUAUGAUGACAUCUUCCUCAAAAUAGAUUUAGAUAUGGAUGGGUAUGUCAGUGGCUUGGAAGUCAAAGAUAUCUUCAUGCAAUCGGCACUUCAUCAGAACAUCCUGGCUCAUAUAUGGGCACUGGCCGACACAAAACAGAUAGGGAAACUGAACAGGGAACAGUUUGCUUUAGCAAUGUAUCUGAUUCAGCAGAAGGUCAGCAAAGGAAUUGACCCUCCACAGAUGCUUACUCCUGAAAUGGUACCACCAUCAGAGAGGACUACGCCAGUAUCAAGCCUCUCAGGCUACAUGACUCCUGUUGGGCCUGAGAUUUCGCAACUAACAGAAAUGAGGCGUGAUAGCGCAAGUUCCGUCGGCUCAGGAGAUUUUACUGGAAUCAAAGAACUGGAUGCAAUUAGCAAUGAAAUCAGUGAACUACAAAGAGAGAAAUAUGUACUGGAACAGGACAUCCGAGAGAAAGAAGAGGCCAUCCGACAGAAAACAAAUGAAGUCCAGGAACUACAAAAUGAUCUGGACAGAGAGAACAAUAGCCUGCAGGAGCUGGAAUCCCAGAAGCAGGCUGCCCAGGACAGGCUGGAUGAAAUGGACCAACAAAAGGCCAAGCUUGAGGACAUGCUCAGUGACAUCCGGCAGAAGUGUCAGGAGGAGAACCAGACGAUUUCAUCGCUAAAGACACAGAUUGCAAAUCAGGAGUCAGACAUGCAAUCCCAGGAAGAGGAGCUGAACAAAGCCAAGACAGAGCUAAAUAAACUACAGCAAGAGGAAUCACAAUUGGAACAGAGCAUUGAGGCUGGCAAGGUACAACUUGAGACGAUCAUCAAGUCACUAAAAUCUACUCAGGAUGAAAUUAACCAGGCAAGAAGUAAACUGUCCCAAUUACAAGACUCACAGCAGGAAGUUAGUAAAAACAUUGACCAGUACAGCAAUACAUUGAACGGCUCAUUAACUGAUCAUGGUGGGAGCAUGACUAACCUGGCAGACAUGAGUGAUGGCCUCGCAGAGAGAGACAGCGGCUUUGCAACAAUGGAUGAUCCCUUCAGAGGCAAAGCAUCACCGUUCAAUAAUAAUGUUCAAGAACUGCACACAGACCCAUUUCAGUCAGAAGAUCCUUUCAAGACAGAUCCAUUCAAAGGAGCUGAUCCAUUCAAAGAUAGUGAUCCAUUCCAAAAUGACCCUUUUGCCCAACAACAGGCAGCUGCUGCAACAGAUCCAUUUGGUGCCGAUCCAUUUAAAGAAAGUGAUCCCUUCCAUAAUGUAUCAUCUGAUGAGUUCUUCAAGAAACCGUCAAAGAGUGAUCCUUUCACAUCUUCAUCCACUGACCCUUUCAGCAGAGAGCCCACCGUGCCACCUAAAGCUGACCCCUUUGGAAGUAGUGAUCCAUUUGCACCAGCUGCAACCAAAGGCCCAGAUCCAUUUGGAACAUUGGAUCCUUUUGGAAGUAGUGCCUUUGGAAGUGGAGGUUUUGCAGACUUCACCCAGAUGUCCAAGCCCUCAAAUCCAGAUCCUUUUGCUACUUCUGGCUCGGGACAGUUUGGAGGGCAUGGAUUCACUGAUGACCCUUUUCAAAGUAAACAGGAUACACCAGCACUGCCCCCAAAGAAAAGUGUACCCCCACGACCUAAAGCACCCCCUAGUGGUAAAAGUACCCCUGUAAACAGGCCUGGCUCGGCCGACUCUGUCAAGUCCCACGAUACUUUCCAGCCCUUUGGCGCUGAUGACGGUGACCCGUUUCAAAGUAAAAAGGGGCUCGGUGACCCAUUCAGCGGUAAAGAUCCCUUCACGCCUACUUCCUCAAGUAAAACUUCUAAAGACUCUUCUUUGGGUUUUGCAGACUUCAGCUCUUUUGGUAAUGAAGAGCAGCAGCUGGAAUGGGCAAAAAGGGAGAGUGAAAGAGCAGAACGUGAGAGAUUGGAAAGGUUGCGAAGGCAGGAACAAGAGGACCUAGAGCUUGCAAUAGCACUCAGCAAAGCAGAAAUGUCUAAUGUGUAAAUAAUGCCCUGGUCCACUUAAUCAAAGGAAUGUGAACUGUCAAAGUGAAAAGCGGAAGAAAUGGAAAGGAAAGAGAAAAUGAGCAGACACUGGGUAUUCUGAAUGCACUGGACAGUAACUGGCUCCAACCUCCCCUUCCUCUCCAGGGGACAGUUAAAUAAUCACUUUGUGGACCAGUGGGAUCAUUUGCAUGGACUCGGUUGGGGGGGCGCAGGAAGUGAUAUUAUUUAAAGAAUACUCUUUGUAAUUAAAAAGGAGAGAGAACCUGUAAUAUUCUCAGUCAAUCAGCUAUUUCAGUUCUUGUGUUUAUGCACAUGAAAGACUUGAAAGCUUUGUUACCGAUGCUAACAAAUUUAACUGCGGUAUUGAGAGAAGUAAAGCCAAACCCCUGCACCCUCUCUCUCAAAGGAAAAA